CCCGCCACCUCCGCCACCUCCGCCUCCGCCCGCACAGGGCCAAGCGGGACGCCUGGCGGACCCUCAAGUACAUGGAGCUGUUCAUCGUGGCCGACCACAGCUUGUUCCUGAAUCAGCAGCGAGACCUGGGCCGCACGAAACAGCGCAUCCUGGAGAUCGCCAACUACGUGGACAAGUUCUACAGGUCGCUGAACAUCAAGGUGGCGUUGAUCGGGCUGGAGGUGUGGACCGAACGGGACCAGUGUCGGGUGACCAGCGACGCCAAUGCCACGCUCUGGGCUUUCCUGCAGUGGAAGAAGGGGCUGAAGGCCCGGAGGCAGCACGACAACGCCCAGCUGCUCACGGGGAGGCCGUUCCAAGGGACCACCAUCGGCAUGGCCCCGCUAGAAGGCAUGUGCAGCGCGGAGAACUCGGGAGGGGUCAGCGCGGACCACUCGGAGCUGCCCAUCGGGGCGGCCGCCACCAUGGCCCACGAGAUCGGCCACAACUUCGGCAUGAGCCACGACGGCGAGGGCUGCUGCGUGGAGGCCACGCCGGACCAGGGCGGCUGCGUCAUGGCCGCCGCCACCGGGCACCCGUUUCCCCGCGUGUUCAGUUCCUGCAGCCGCAAUCAGCUCCUGAGCUUCUUCCAGAAAGGCGGCGGCAUGUGCCUCUUCAACGCCCCUAACACCAAGGAGCUGGUGGUGGGUCGGAAAUGUGGCAACGGCUUCCUGGAGGAGGGCGAGGAGUGCGACUGUGGAGAGGGCCAGGAGUGCACCGAUCCCUGCUGCAACGCCCACAACUGCACCCUCAGGGCGGGUGCCGAGUGCGCCCAUGGAGACUGCUGUGCCAACUGCCAGCUGAAGGCGGCGGGCACCCCGUGCCGGGAGCGGGCGGGGGGCUGUGACCUGCCCGAGUUCUGCACGGGCACGUCCCCCCACUGCCCGCCCAACGUCUACCUGCUGGACGGCUCGGCCUGCGCCCACGGGGACGGCUACUGCGGAGAGGGCCUGUGUCUCACGCACCAGAGCCAGUGCGAGCAGCUCUGGGGCCCAGGUGCCAGUCCGGCCCCCGACGCUUGCUUCCGGGACGUGAACACGGCCGGCGACCCCUACGGCAACUGCGGCAGGGACGGUCAGGGCAAUUACGUCCCCUGCGAGAGGAGGGAUGCCAAGUGCGGCAAGAUCCAGUGCCAGAGCCCGGCCAGGAAGCCUCGGGGUCCCAACACGGUGUCCAUGGAUACCACCAUCCGCCACAACGGCCGCGAGCUGACCUGCCGCGGCGCCUUCAUGUACCCGGCCGCCCGCCCCGGCCAGCAGGGAGACCUGCCCGACCCGGGCCUCGUGCUGGCCGGCACCAAGUGUGGGGACGGAAGGGUGUGCCAGGAUCGGCGCUGUGUCAACGCAUCCUUCCUAGAACUGGAGCGGUGCAGGGGGCGAUGCCACGGGCACGGGGUCUGCAACAGCAACAAGAACUGUCACUGUGAAGCCGGCUGGGCUCCUCCCUUCUGCGACCAGCCGGGUCAAGGGGGCAGCCCGGACAGCGGCCCCGUGCAGCCGGACGGACACCCGGCGGUGCUGGUGGCCCUCCUGCCGGUCGCCUUGCUGCUGCUGCUCCCCGGGGCCGGGCUGGCCUUCUGGUGCUACCGUCGCCCCGACUCCCCACUGCACGGGUGGCUGCGUGGCCUACAGGGCGGCGGCCGGAACUGCCGGACCCGGGCCUCGGCCCCCCAAGCCAGCAGGGGCCACGCCAACGCGGCCUUCACCAUGCAGAACCUCCCCCCGCCUGCCCAGCCCGCCGGCGCCCCCCGCAAGGUGAGCCGCACCUGGACCCCGUCCAUCCAUCCUAUUUACUGAGCGCUUACUGCCCGCAGAGUCCCGCGCUGAGCGCCUGGGCGAGCGGUGACGGUGCUCGUUAAGCGCCUUGCGUGGGGCCGAGCACUGGUCUAGGCCCUGGGGCACGUACGGCUCAAUCAGGUCAGACCCGGUCCCUGCCCCACGUGGGACUCACCGUCUCCAUCCCCGAUGAGGCGACCGAGAUCCGGGAAAGGACUUGCCCGAGGUCACCCGGCAGACACGUGGCGGAGCCGGGAUCAGAACCCAGAUCCUCCCGACUCCCAGGCCCGGGCUCCAGCCAUUAAGCCACAUCGCUUCUCAACCGAGCGACAGCGGAACGGACGCCUCCCCGGCCCUCGAUGAGUUUACGGUCCGGAGGGGGAGGCGGUCAUCAAUAUCAAUAAAUAAAUUCCCGAGGAGGGGAGGGGAGAAGAGCA